AUGCGCUUCUCUGCAUCAAUCUUCACCGCCGUGGCCUUGGCGUCCAUGGCCAUGGCUCUUCCCACCGAGCUCCAAACCGUCGACUUGGCUGAGCGUGACUUCGUUGUCGAAACGCGUGAUCUCUCCGGCCCCUCGUCUUCUGACGAGCUUCUCAGCCGUGCCGCCUCCGACGAGACUGCCAUUGAGAUCCUUGAGCGGAGCGACUCGGACGAGGAAGCCGUUCCCAACACCGAGCUGGCCGUUCGCCAGCUUCCUCCCUCCAAGCGCAAGAAUCUCUUCACGAUCACCCUCAAGGGCGGAAACGUCAUCUUCAACGGCGCCAUCAAGUUCAUUCUCGAGGCCGUUGUCGAUAGCACCAACCGAGUCACUACGUUCCACCUCAACCCCUUGGUUGGCGGUACCCCUGGCUCCACCGCUUCCAUGCGCAGCUACGAGUUCAAGAAGAACUUUUUCGAAUCAACCAUCAACCGCGUCUCUGCUGAGGUUUCCUUCACUUACAAGACCGCUUCCGGUGUUAUCUACAACUUCCUCGCCAAUGUUGUCUACGGAAUCGACUCUCGUCUCAGCCUCAAGCUUGAGGAUGUCCAGCUCUUCGACAUCGAGAAGGCUACCCAGCAAAUUGCUGGCAAGGCGGCCACCAACCUAUUCCUUGGUUCUUACGAUGAUGAUUACAAGGACUUGUAG